ACACCAUCUCUUCCCGCCUCGCUGUGCCUAUUCGCAGCUGCGCCUCUUGGAACUUGAAGCAAAGCUUCACUUAUACGUGCUGCCCUCUGUUUUUCCCUUGUGCCCCCCAAGAGGCAAACUUGGCCCUCAGCCGGGCUGCCCUUUGACCUGCGCCCUGCCUCUCCAAUCACUUGCCAGCUGUGCCCUGACCGGCAGAUAUAGAUAGAGCUUGAGAACCAGCUGGCAGGCCCUUCCUUUCACUCCUCCGCUUCAUCUCCAUCCUCGUGUGGAGCUUCCUUCUUCUUCUUCUCUUGGUCCAUUUUCAUUGUCCUCAUCACGGCCCUUGCAUAGGUAGCUCCCCAGCCAUGGAGUUUGACAAGCUCUCCAUCACCGAUCGCAAGAUCAUCGUGGGCAUCGACUUUGGCACCACCUACUCCGGUGUCGCUUGGGCAGAGACUCAGCGGCCCGAUAGGCGGACAGCCAUCACCACCUGGCCCAUCAGCAAGACGACUCGCGAGGGAGAAUCCUCGGACAAGGUCCCUACCAAGCUGCGCUAUGCAAAGGACGAGGUCCAGUGGGGGUUCUCUAUCCCCAUUACCGCUCCCCAGGAGGAAGUCAUUGAGUGGUUCAAGCUCGACCUGGAUCCUUCCUUGAAGAACAUUGGCCAGGCCGUAGCCAACGAUGGUGCCCGAGGAGGCAGAGAUGCUGACAAGCUCGUCGCCGACUAUCUGGGUGCUCUCUGCGAGCAUCUCCUCUAUACCCUGCGCGAAAAGCUCGGCGAAAGCGUCGUCAAGAGCACCCCUCUGGAGUUCGUCGUCACCGUGCCUGCAAUCUGGAGCGACCUUGCCAAGGACAAGACCAAGAAGGCCUGUCAAAAGGCCGUCCAGUCCCUUCCCCUGGCGCCUGGUUCGUCCAGAACCCAUAUCCAUCUCGUCUCCGAGCCCGAAGCUGCCGCCAUCUACGCCCUGCACGGACUUGACCCCCAUGGUCUCAAGAUUGGCGAGACCGUUGUCGUCGUCGACGCCGGCGGUGGCACUGUCGAUCUCAUCUCCUACACCAUUACCGGGCUGAAGCCCAUUCUUCAGGUCCAAGAGGCUGCCCCUGGCUCUGGUGCCCUCUGUGGCUCGACCUUCCUCAACAUGCGCUUUGCCAAGUUCCUCAAGUCCAAGCUGGGCAAGGAGGAAGGCUUUGACGAGGAGGUCCUCGCCGAGGCGAUGGAGGUCUUUGAGAAGAAGGUCAAGCGCCAGUUUACCCUGGCAGCUCAACCCGACGAGACAUAUACCAUCCCCGUCGGUGGCUUGGCCAACAACAGGGCCCUCGGCAUCACCCGCGGCCGAUAUGCUCUUAAGGCCUCCGACCUGAAAACCAUCUUUGAGCCCGUCGUCCUCGAGGUCAUCAAGCUCGUCAAGGAUCAGAUCACUGUUAGCAACGUGCCCAUCCGCGCCGUGCUCUUGGUCGGCGGCUUCGGUGCCUCCAACUACCUCAAGGAGCGUCUGAGGAACGCCGUGGACAAGUCUAUCCAGAUCAUGCAGCCCCCGAAUGCCUGGCAGGCCGUCGUGCAGGGCGCGGUCAUGAAGGGGCUUGCCAACAGCGCGCCCGACACCCUCACCAUGGUCAAGGUGCAGAAUCGCAAGGCGAGGAAGCACUACGGCACCGAGUGGCGGACCAAGUACGACGAAAGGAUCCAUGGCCACAUCUCUGACAAGAAGAGCUGGAGCGGCAUGGAGGGCUAUUAUAAGGUAAACGCCAUGGAGUGGUUCAUCCGCAAGGGUGACGCCGUUUCCGAGAACGAGCCAUACAUCACUUCUUUCGUCUGGACGGGCCUCGUCGCACACGGCCGUAUCCGCAAGAUGCGUAUGACCAUCUACUGCGACCAAACGUCCGAGGAGGCCCCCAUCGAUAGGAACGCCAACGUGCAAGUCCUGGCCCACGUCGAGGCCGACGUGAGCCACAUCCCCGAGCAUCUGCUCAACCGCCGCCAGGGCAAAGACGGGCAGAUGUACUAUGAGCUCAGUUGCAAGAUUGAAGCCGUCUAUCUAUCUGCUUCGACCACGUACACGCUCUUAUACAAUAACCAGCGAUAUGACACUGUUACCUGCGAAUAUGUCUGAGCAGCCUAGAUUGAGCUGGUUCAUCUUCUGCAUUCCAAUUUACUAUAUCUAUUUCAUUUGCUCACACUUGCUGGCUUAUCUGUUUUGGGAGUCGGGAGGUCAAACUCGGGAUACUAGCGACACAGUCUGUAUAUAGAAAUACCUUGCCUGCCUUGGGCAGUUUAUGAGUUCACGGCCACGGUCACGGUCACGGUCUCGAGAAACAAAAUAAACACAC